AUGGUUGGUAAGGACUACUAUGAAUUUCGGAAGAGCUAUUCAAUAUAUUCUAGCUACUGCAUUUUGAAAGACCAAGGUAAUGUGCUUUCUCGGUAUAGGGAUUUAUGUCUUGCGAUUAUAUUCACAUCUCGAGAGAUCGAGUUGAAUAAAUGGUACGAGCCGGACACCAAGAUCACGACGGUGGACGAGUGCCACUAUAAUCUGUUCGAUUAUGAGGCAGAUGCACUGAAAUACAUCUCAAAUGUUUCUAAGAGUCGCAGGAUUUACUAUGUUAAAAUGGGGUGCAGUCUUCUAGCCGGUGUCAAGAUUAAUUUUUACCAUACCGAUCACCAUCUAGCAUCGCCAGUAUUGGAAGGGCAUGUAUUAAAAGAGUUGGUGAUGAAAAUUUGUGGUGAAGAUGAGACGUCUCUCAGCUCGCCUGAUGUUUAUAACGCUUUGCGUGCGUUCUGCCACUGGUGCUCGAUUAAGGGAGUUCUCUACUGUCUUGGCCUGCAGGAUUUGGACAUUGAUGAGACUUUAAAGUUCCGGUUCAAAACAUUCCCUCAAAUGGAGGACUGGAUUACGGAAAGUCUCAAGGAGAGAUACCCUGCAGGCACAUCUAAAUAUGGCUUAGUGAAGAGAUCAUUAAUACUGAUAUCAGAGUCUGUUUUUGGCAAAUUGGUGGCAUUUCCACCCAAAUUGCAUGCAGAGGAGUUGUUCAAUACAUGUCAAGAGAUUGAGAACGAUCCAUUAAGAUUCCAUAUUAGAGCAGCCUCGUUGAACUUAUCACGAAACGCACCGUUAGAAGCAAGUGGAAUGUGCCAAGGAAUAGCUGAAUACCUUGAAUUCAUAUCGAUAGUACUCCGUGCUGGUACAUACAAGAUCAGUUCGAAGUCUGCAUCAUCAUCAUCAAAAAUUUUGAAGUAUGCAAUGGUAAAGAACAAGCCCUUAUUCAAAGAGAUUCAACAUAUGACAAACAAAAUGAGAGGCUUUGAAAGAAUAGGUAAACUCAGUAAUGAUAGCCUGGUAGAUAGAUUCGGAGGGGAAGUGCAGCAUAGCGUUUACAGCGUGGUAAAGCUUUACGUAUAA